GAUAAAUCAACGACAACACAACUAUUAGAAGUAUACCAUGACAUCCUGGACUCCUUAGCAUCCGGUAACGAAGUUGAUGUAAUUUAUCUUGACUUAUCAAAGGCCUUUGAUAAAGUCCCUCACAACUUGUUAUUACUCAAACUAAAGCAUCAUGGUAUCAACGGAUCUCUUCUUUCUUGGUUUGGUAGUUACCUCACAGAUAGGUACCAAAGAGUUGCUCUAGACGGAUCAUUCUCUGACUGGCUUCCUGUCACGUCUGGUGUACCACAAG